AUGGGUGCCGGCACCGACAGUGAGGGCACCCAGCGGCUGACCGGGGCUCUGCCCUACCAGCAUGUGCGAGUCAUGCCCGACUGGGGCAUAGCUGGGGGACAGUGGGGCAGUGGCAAUGCCACACAGGCCUACCGAUACAGCAGCUACAGCCAGGGCGGCCUCACGUAUUUUGGCUUCUGGGGACCCACAUGGAACUACGACGAGACAGCCAGUGUGAUGGACUGA